AUGGCUUCCCCGCCGGUGGCGUACGAGGUGGACAAGUCCGGCCACGACAAGGAGCAGCUGUCGGGAGUCUGGGAGCGUGAUACGGACCUGGACGCUCGAGUUGCCAUGGCCCAGAACAGGAUUUUCUGGUACCUGACCAUCAUUGUGCUGAUCAAGUACGUAACAUUUGCCCUACGUGCCGACGACAACGGAGAAGGUGGUACAUUCGCGCUGUACGCCAUCAUAAGCCGCGCCUGCAACCUGAGGUCUGGCGGCGCGACCCACACCUCCGACUUUGAGCUCUCAGGCUACGACCCCCUGGCAUCGGCCACCGCUCCCCAGGGCUCAGACGUGGCACCCGCCCCAAAUGCGAAUGUGAAAGUGAGGAGCGGCGCCAAUGCGCGUGUCAAGAGGGCGCUGGCCACGAGCUCUUUCCUGCAGGUUCUCCUGCUCUCCAUCACACUGUCUGCUGUGUGCCUCAUCCUGAGCGAUGGCGUGCUCACCCCCGCGAUCUCGGUCGUGUCGGCGGCGCAGGGCAUCCAGUACCAGUCCAACAUAUCCAACGGCGAGUUAGGGUCUGUUGGGUGCACCUUGAGAGAUCUCAUGUGGAUUGCGACGGAGGGCAGGGUCGAUGCUGUGGUGGGGAUUAGCAUCGGUAUCAUUGUCAUCAUCUUCUCAGUUCAGCAGUUUGGCACCAAGAAGAUCAGCUACCUCUUUGCUCCUGUCACCACCAUCUGGUUCCUCGCCAUCGCGGCCGUAGGCCUGUACAAUAUCUUCAAAUUCAGGCCCGCAGUUUUCGCAGCCAUCUCGCCACACUACCUGUACUACUACUGGAAGGCUGGUGCUCAUGAGGCAUGGGUGAAGCUGGGGGGCGUCACCCUGGCUCUCACCGGCGCGGAGGCGCUGUUUGCCGACCUGGGUCACUUCAAUGCUCCGGCGAUCCGGACCAGCUUCAUCGCGUUCGUCUACCCCUCCCUGGUGUGCGCCUACCUGGGUCAAACGGCCUUCAUCAUCCACGACCGCUCGGCGGCGCCCACCGCCUUCUGGUCUUCCGUGCCCAAGCCGAUCUACUGGCCCAUGGUGGUCAUUGCCACUCUCGCGGCCAUUCUCGCAUCUCAGGCCAUGAUCACAGGCUGUUUCUCCAUCGUGCAGCAGGCCGUGGCCCUAAACUGCUUCCCAAGGGUCACCAUUCGGCACACCGAGGCGACGCACCGGGGGCAGAUCUAUGCCCCACAAGUCAACUGGGUGCUGAUGGCAGGGACGGUGAUCGUCAUCGGCAUAUUCCAGACCGGGCCCGGCAUCGGCGCAGCCUACGGUCUGGCCGUGGUUUCCACCUUCUUCCUCACCACCUCCCUCCUGUCACUGGUCAUGCUCGUGGCAUGGGAGUGGAACGUGGGCUGGGUGCUCCUCUUCUGGCUGCCGCUCUCUACGCUGGAGGGCAUGCUCCUCUCCGCCAACGCCCUCAAGGUUCCCGAUGGCGCAUGGUUCCCCUUGGGCGUCACAGCGAUCCUCGUGACCAUCCUCGCCACCUGGACCUAUGGCCAGAAGCUGAAGAGGGGGUACCAGGACCAGCACCGCUCCUACCUGCUCGACCUCCUCCAGCCCGCCGAUGGGCCAGGGGCCGGGCCCACCCAGGCCCUGCAGCUGGCGGGGUCCAGGCAGCGGCUGGGCGUCGCGCCCGGCAUCGGCCUGUACUACACCGAGAGCCUGGCGGGCGUGCCCCCCGUCCUGGCCUUCCUCCUCCCCCGCAUCCCUGCCAUCCACGAGGUGACCGUCUUCCUGACCGUGCGCCACGUCCCCCUCCCCACAGUCCACGCCUCGGAGCGCCUGCUGCUCAGGAAGCUGCACUACCAGGGUUUCUACCACGCUGUCGUGAGGUACGGCUACAUGGAAGCUGUGGACCACGACAAGCAGUUUGUCGACACCUUGGUGCAGGAGCUGCUGGACUUCCUGUCCCCGGAGGUGAUCAAGGAGUCCGAGGCGGCGGCGGCGGACGAGGGCUCGCCCUCCGACGUCACCCUGGGGUCCGCCACGGGCCGCGCUCGUCGCAGCCUGGCCGCAGCCGCCAAGGCCAUCGCGGCGGCCCAUCGCGCCGCGACGGCACUCAAGGCCGUGGAUGAGGACGCCUCCACCAAGCAGGCGGGCAAGGCGCUGGUGGGGCAGGACGGCAAGGACACUCCAGGCCUGGCCCUGCAUGUGGAGGAGAGGGAGGGCGCACCCUCCCCCUGGGUCCAGCAGCCCUCACAGUUCAGGGCCUCGCUGAGGAAGAGGCGCGGCGCCAGCCUGUCGGCCGACACAUUCCCCACAAAUGCCCCCGCCCAGAGCGAGCAGGCACUGGCGUUUGUGGUGGAGACCAUGUACGGCGUCCUCUCCAGGAACAUUCAGAGCACCGCCCAGACGUACCGCCUGGACCCCGAUGCCGCGGUGGAGGUGGGGAUCAACAUGAGGGUCUAG